UCGCUUUGGUCAGACUGCCUUCAACAGCUGACGAGACGUUAGGAAAAAAGGGCAUCUUUUCAUAACUUAUUGUUCCUUGAUAUUGAAGAGUUUACACAGCUAAAUGGGCAAGCGACGUAGUCGGGAGCGUGCUCGCGACCAGGAACCACAUUUACCCGGCCAUGAGGGGGUCACCAAAAUGAACGAACGCAACUCGACCAAAACGCUGAAAUCCAAGCGAACGCGGGACCGCCAUUCCUCCCGUACAUCGGAUUCUUCUACGGGAAGCAAGAAAUCGAAUCGCAGCAACUUGCCAGAUGGAAAAAAGCAAAGGCCCGUCAGGAAACCCAGGGCCUCCCCUGAGGCCCAUGAGAAGCACUCCAAACAGGCGGCGAAACUCUCAGAGGAGGUGCAAGAGCAGCGCUCCAAGUGGGACAGUCCGGAACGCAGCAGUUCCCAUCGAAACAGCACAAGGCAGCGACGGCACAGCCGCAGUCGAUCCAGGGAUCGCGGCGAGCGUGAAGGAGAACGGGAGCGGGACAGAGAUCGCGAUCGGAUCCGCGAUCACGAGCGGAAUCAUCCCAUGCACCGCAGCGGAAGAGACCAGGAGCGCAGCAAGGAGCGACGUCAGCGAUCCCCACAUCAGCAGCUGCCUCGGAGCAGCGAGCGCAAGGAUCGCCAACGGAGGUCGCCGGAAAGGAAGCGCCUUCGCCGAAGUAAAAGUCCCCGUGACCAUUCUCAUAGCGGUGGGCCCAACUUUGGUCAAGGACGACAUCAAAAUCGGCGUCGCGACAACUGUAAUAGGAAUGAUGACGAGCAUUACAACUGGGGAAAGUCAGGUGACGAUAAGGCGCCGCCCGAAGACGAGGAGCCAGUAGACAAGGAAAAACCAAACUUCGGUCUAAGUGGCGCACUCACCGAAGACACCAACAAGGUGAAUGGCGUAGUGGUUAAGUAUUCCGAACCCUCGGAGGCCCGCAAACCCAAGCGCCGCUGGAGAUUGUAUCCAUUCAAGGGUGAAACGGCGUUGCCCACUCUGCACAUUCAUCGACAGAGUUGCUUCCUGGUUGGGCGAGACCGCAAAGUGGUCGACCUAGCGGUGGAUCAUCCCAGUUGCUCAAAACAGCAUGCCGCCCUGCAGUACCGACUGGUCCCCUUCGAGCGGGAGGAUGGUACCCAUGGGAAACGCGUGCGGCUAUACCUCAUUGAUCUAGAGUCAGCAAACGGCACGUUUCUAAACAACAAAAAGAUUGAUGGUAGAAAGUACUACGAGCUGAUGGAGAAGGACGUGAUCAAGUUCGGAUUUAGUUCGCGCGAGUAUGUGCUGCUUCACGAGAACAGCAAGGAAGACCAGGAGGACGACGAUGUACAUAUCAAGGAUGAGCCUCAGGAUGCUCUUGCUGAAGUGGCCAAUCCUUAGGUCGCAUUUUGUCUUCAGUUGUAUUUGUUAAUUUCGUUAAGCCAACUGCAGUCUUUUAAUGUAUUGCGUUUAGCCACAAUGGCCUUGGGCGAGAGAAAAUGUAUGUAAAAAGUUUUACGGAACACGGUUUUGUGUGUUUACUGCCAACAAAAAAUAAAUUGUACUCGAAACUGA